ACCAUUAAAUUAGACCAAUCUCUAUGUACACUAAUCACAAAGUUGAACAUUUUAUCACUUUCUGUGUAACUUCUUAUUUCAAACAUCAAACACUGGCUGCUAGGUAGCUAGCUAGCCAUGGCUGAUUCUUCCUUUGAGAUAGACAAUCCGAGAAGACACUAUCCAACACCAGUGAGUUAUCAAAGUAUAUCUGGCUCUAGCUCCUUCAUAAAUUCUGCUUCUCGAAGCAACGCAACUCCGAGAACGAGAAGAACUCGUCGCAACAGAAUUCCAUCCACACCGUUUGCCUCAGAUGACGACCGUUCAUGGCAGGGUGAAGUUUCGUGGAAGUUUGAGCCAACCGGGUUGCGUGAACAUAGCACAAACUUUGGUUCUGUUCUUAGUCCAUGGCCAACAAACUCCACCUCUGAUCGUAGCCGCGUGUUUCGCCAAUCGGCUAAUGACUAUUACCUUUCGAGAAUAGGCGGUUUUCGAAACCUAACAAACUCAUCAAAUGAUCAUUCUUCCUAUGGAAGAGUUGAACUUAAAAGCCAUGUUGCUAGGGCCACCAAUGAUCAUAGUUAUUUUGAUCAAUAUAGUGGAUUCUCCAAAUUGGGAAUCAUCAAAGAAGGAGUUAACAGUGGAAAUCGUCACAUUAAUAAAAAGGCUAGUCCAUUAGCCGAGGAAGACGAGCUAAGUGGGAUCGAUUAUAGUAUAUCAGAUGAACAUGUUAAACAUGAUCAUGGUCAUGGAGUACCAUCAUAUGGUAGAAAAUCCCCUAGCCAAAUUUAUGGUGGUGGUGGUGGUUAUAGUCACUAUGAGAGUAAAAUGGCAUCAGGAUAUGAUGAUGAUGAAGGUGAUGAGGAUAUGGACGAGGAUGAUGUUGUUGGUCCUCCAAAGAAUGUUGGAUUGUUUAGCUUGUUUAGGUAUACAAGAAAUUGGGAUUGGUUACUUGUGUUUAUUGGUUGUAUAGGAGCUCUAAUAAAUGGAGGAUCACUUCCUUGGUAUUCCUAUCUUUUUGGAAACUUGGUUAACAAGCUUUCAAGAGAAGCAAAAAAUGACAAAGAUCAGAUGUUGAAGGAUGUAGAGCAGAUAUGUAUAUUUAUGACUGGCUUAGCUGCAGUUGUGGUAGUUGGAGCAUAUAUGGAGAUCACAUGUUGGAGGUUAGUGGGGGAGAGAUCUGCACAAAGAAUCAGAACUGAAUAUCUAAGAGCAAUUCUUAGACAAGACAUAAGUUUUUUUGAUACAGAUAUCAAUACAGGUGAUAUUAUGCAUGGAAUUGCUAGUGAUGUUGCACAAAUUCAAGAAGUUAUGGGAGAGAAGAUGGCUCACUUCAUUCAUCAUGUAUUUACAUUCAUAUGUGGAUAUGCAGUUGGGUUUAGAAGAUCAUGGAAAGUUUCAUUGGUUGUAUUCUCAGUCACACCAUUAACAAUGUUCUGUGGCAUGGCUUACAAAGCACUUUAUGGUGGUCUAACAGCUAAAGAGGAAGCUUCUUAUAGAAAAGCUGGUAGCAUUGCAGAGCAGGCCAUAAGUUCAAUUAGGACAGUGUUUUCUUUUGUAGCUGAAAGUCAAUUGGGUGAAAAAUAUUCAGAGCUACUUCAAAAAUCAGCUCCAAUUGGAGCUAAAAUUGGUUUUGCAAAAGGUGCAGGAAUGGGUGUUAUCUACUUAGUAACAUAUUCAACAUGGGCUUUGGCUUUUUGGUAUGGCUCUAUCUUAAUUGCUAGGGGUGAACUUGAUGGUGGUUCAGCUAUUGCUUGUUUCUUCGGUGUCAAUGUUGGGGGAAGAGGCUUGGCAUUGGCACUUUCAUAUUUUGCACAAUUUGCGCAAGGUACUGUUGCAGCAAGCCGUGUAUUCUACAUUAUAGAGAGAAUUCCUGAGAUUGAUCCCUACAAUCCUGAGGGAAGGAAGCUCUCAUCUGUUCGUGGAAGGAUUGAACUAAAGAAUGUUAUUUUUGCAUAUCCAUCUCGUCCUGAUUCACUUAUACUUAAUUCAAUUAACUUGGUUUUUCCAUCUUCAAAAACCUUGGCAUUGGUUGGUGCAAGUGGAGGUGGAAAAUCAACUAUCUUUGCUCUCAUUGAGAGGUUCUAUGACCCUAUAGAAGGGAUUAUUACCUUGGAUGGUCAUGAUUUGAGGACACUGCAAGUAAAGUGGUUAAGGGAUCAAAUUGGGAUGGUUGGUCAAGAGCCAAUUCUUUUUGCUACAUCCAUACUUGAAAAUGUGAUGAUGGGGAAAGAUAAUGCCACAAAGGAAGAGGCAAUUUCUGCUUGCAUUGCUGCUGAUGCUCACAAUUUCAUCUCUAAGCUGCCACUUCGUUACGACACUCAGGUUGGUGAUAGAGGUACAAAACUUUCAGGAGGUCAAAAGCAAAGAAUUGCAUUGGCUAGAGCAAUGAUAAAAAAUCCUAAAAUCCUUCUUUUAGAUGAACCUACCAGUGCUCUUGAUGCCGAGUCAGAAGCUGCAGUUCAAAGGGCCAUUGACAAGAUUUCAGCAGGAAGAACAACCAUUGUCAUUGCUCACAGGAUAGCAACAGUGAAGAAUGCUGAUUCCAUUGUAGUUCUUGAACAUGGUUCUGUCACCGAGAUUGGCGACCAUCGCCAGCUUAUGUCGAAAGCUGGAACCUACUUCAACCUUGUCAAACUUGCAACUGAAUCCAUUUCAAAACCUCUUCCUACAGAAAAUAACAUGCAAAUAACCAAAGAUUUAUCAUCCAUCAAUAAUAAAUAUGCUCCUGAUAUAGCAAAGUCAAGUUAUCUAGUCGAUAUCUCGCGCUCUAAAUUGGAAGAUUCAAUGCAGGAUGAGAAUCAAGAAGAUAUUGAAGAUAAAAAAUAUAAAAAGUCAAGAAAUUACAAACUUUCUGAGGUAUGGAAAUUGCAAAAGCCGGAGUUUAUGAUGCUAAUUUCAGGCCUAGUUAUGGGAAUGUUUGCCGGCGCUUGUCUUUCCCUUUUUCCAUUGGUUUUAGGCAUAUCCCUUGGAGUAUAUUUUAGCGACGACACUUCAAAAAUGAAAAGAGAUGUAGGGUACCUUUGUUUAGUACUUGUCGGCCUUGGAUUCGGUUGCAUACUCUCCAUGACAGGACAACAAGGUUUAUGUGGUUGGGCAGGUUCAAAGCUAACACUGAGAGUUAGGAACCUCUUGUUUCAAUCCAUACUUAGACAAGAACCUGGAUGGUUUGAUUUUGAUGAAAACUCAACCGGUGUAUUGGUGUCAAAACUUUCGAUAGAUGCGGUUAGUUUUCGUUCGGUACUCGGUGACAGAUUCUCGGUACUUCUUAUGGGAUUGAGUUCGGCCGCAGUUGGACUUGGUGUGUCUUUUGUAUUUAAUUGGGAACUAACACUUGUUGCAGCUGCUGUAACUCCUUUAACCCUUGGUGCAAGUUACAUAAACUUGAUCAUAAACAUCGGUCCGAAAAUCAAUAACAACUCUUAUGCAAGAGCAAGCAAUAUUGCCUCGGGUGCAGUUUCAAAUAUAAGGACAGUUGCUACAUUUUCUGCUCAGGAACAGAUAGUUAACGCCUUUGAUAAAGCCUUAUCAGAACCUAGGAAAAAAUCAUUAAAAAGUUCACAGCUUCAAGGUCUUGUAUUUGGAUUGUUUCAAGGUGCUAUGUAUGCAGCAUACACCUUAACUCUUUGGUUUGGUGCUUACCUUGUAAAAAAUAACCGAGGAGAUUUUGACGAUGUUUAUAAGAUUUUUCUCAUUCUUGUUUUGAGUUCAUUUUCUGUUGGACAACUAGCUGGUUUAGCACCUGAUACAUCUAUGGCUGCUAGCUCAAUUCCUGCAGUUCAAGAUGUUAUAAACAGAAAACCAUUGAUAGGAAAUGAUGGAAGAAAAACUAAAAAAGUUGAUAGAUCAAAGGCUUUCAAAAUAGAAUUCAAAAUGGUGACAUUUGCAUAUCCAUCAAGGCCUGAGGUAACUGUGCUGAGGAAUUUCUGUUUAAAGGUCCAAGGUGGAAGUACAGUGGCUCUGGUGGGACCAAGUGGAUCAGGAAAAUCAACAGUUGUGUGGUUGACUCAGAGAUUCUAUGAUCCUGAUCAAGGAAAGGUUAUGAUGAGUGGUGUGGAUUUGAGGGAGAUUGAUGUGAAAUGGUUGAGGAGACAAAUUGCUUUGGUUGGUCAAGAACCUGCACUUUUUGCUGGGAGUAUAAGGGAGAAUAUUGCAUUUGGGGACCAAAGUGCUUCAUGGGCUGAAAUUGAAGCUGCUGCAAUGGAAGCUUACAUUCAUAAGUUCAUCAGUGGACUUCCUCAAGGUUAUGAAACACAGGUUGGUGAAAGUGGAGUCCAAUUAUCAGGUGGACAAAAACAAAGAAUUGCUAUAGCAAGGGCAAUAUUGAAGAAAUCAAAGGUGCUUUUACUUGAUGAAGCAAGCAGUGCAUUAGACUUGGAAUCAGAAAAACACAUCCAAGAAGCUCUUAAGAAUGUUUCCAAAGAGGCAACAACCAUAAUAGUUGCACACCGUCUUUCUACAAUCAGAGAAGCCGAUAAAAUUGCAGUUAUGAGAAAUGGAGAAGUAGUUGAGUAUGGUAGCCAUGACACUCUCAUUUCUUCCAUUCAAAAUGGUUUGUAUGCUAGCCUUGUCAGAGCUGAGACUGAAGCUAAUGCAUUUUCUUAAUCCUUCAAAAAAUCUGAGCAUGUAAUGCUGUAGUAAAGAUAGAAGUUCUGAUGUGUAACAUAUUAAUAAUUUUUCACUCAUAUUCGCACCGUAAGCAAAUUGAUGUUUGGUUA